AGGGGGUAAAUAAAGCGAUUGGCGUUUACAGCUGGCCUGGUUCACUUGGAACGCAUUUUUGGCGGGAGAUUUGUGCAGCGGCAAACGGUCGCGAGCGCGUGGUUUGUGCAGCUAGAUUUUUGAAAAAUGUUACUUUAGCGAAUGUAAGCGAAUAACUGAUUCUAGAAGAGAUUGAAAACCAGCCACAAAUCCGCACCGAUUGAUUCGCGUUCCUUCUUCUUUCUCGUUCAAGUGCAGGCCAAACAUCUGGUCGCGACACUUUUGAAUUAUGCGCAUGCCUAACGACUGUCCCCAUCCGUAGUAGGCAUGUGCCGUGUGCCAGGGGAAAAUACGGUCUGGGACGGAGAACUAAAAACAAAUCCGCCGCCCAAGUGCAACCACCUGCUAUCGAUAACCCCGUGUUGGGGCAGCAGGUGUAGUUAGUGGUGUAUACGCGAGCCCUGGUCAGUCAGUCAUCGAGGACAAGUGGCCCCAAAAUGACGAAUGGAUACAAGCACCUCUAUUCAGUGAUCACAUUUGCCAUCUUUCUACUCGUAAUAAAUUUCUACAAAAACCGUGUUAACCUGAACCGUGAACGGGAGGCUUCGUUUCGGGCGGCGUCAAAGCUGAAACGUGCCGGAGUUCUGAACAAACCGCUUCCACUCGAUGUGGAAGGAGAGGAUUUCUACUUCGGGCUGGAGCAGCCAGACGAUGACGAUGAGCGUGUGGUGGAGAUGCCUUCUUCCGGAAUGACGGUGGACCGACUUGUUCCGCACUGUCUGGAGGUGGACAUAUUCUUCCUUCAACCAGGUGGCCAGGAUUCCAGGCCAAAGUCAAGUCGUAGCGGAUGGGGAAGAAGUGUGCGCCGUGCCAAGCCUCAUGAACGGAUCACCAGCAAGGACAUGGCCCCCGGCGAUCAACAAUCUACGUCACCGACCUCGAUGUACGUUUUUCUCUCUGUACUGCUGAUACUGGUGUUCGCGGCCUGUGUCGACAUCGCCAAGCAUCUUACGACAUCCGGUCGCAAUGGCACUCCAACGGACGCCCAGCGAAGACUGUCGCUGCAGAACUACAAGGCGCUGAUAAGGGAAAAGCAAAAGCAGUUCCGGAUGAUGAAGCAACACUGUUCGCAACCAUCGAUGAGUAUCCAGCGCUCGAUCGAUGAGUCCUCCAUACCUGCCGGUCCACAUACACCCUAUCCGGGGUACGGUGCAGGUGCUGGCUACACGCGAACGAACGAUUGGACCACCAAGACCGGUCCUAGCACAUCUUCGGUGCCUCCGCCGUUGUUAAGACGACAAUCGGUGCCAACGUUGAUGCGUUCGCAGCCUUCUACCUUGGGCAGUAACGUUGGGUUUCGAAACGUAGUAGCAGCACCGACCGUUGCUGCUCCCCCGGCCUACUUUGCACGACGAACAUCUGUGGAUUCAUUCUGGGAUGGCGAUCAUCUGGGUAAGACCGGCACAGUAUCUCAGCAACUUGGUAACGGUUCAUCACCGGAAGUGAGACGACGCGUACGCAUGCUACACCGCCACUAAGAGCGGAUUGUAAAACCAUUUUGCCCAUUCUGAGGAAGACAAGUCCGUCGAAAACGGAGAAUCAAGUAUCGGGAGGACUUCUAAGAAGCUUCCGAACGUUGGUAGAUGUAUAUUUACAUCGUGUACGAAUGUUUUAGAACUGUUUUGAUGUGAUCUCUUUAUAGCACUAAGAACCUAUGAACUCGCUUAUCACGUGGCCCACGGCGGUCAGUAGUGACUCGACGUAAUGCUGAUACAAUCGUGACCAUACUUUCUACCUUCUAGAUGUGAAUGUAAGGAUGUGAAAAUUUAUAUUUAUACUUGCUAGCCAUUUAAAAUAGAACUUUUUGAACUGAAUCUGAACUCUGCAAGCACACACACAUACACAGCCUGAACCCUGCUAGAAGGCUGAAUUUUAGAAAAGUAUAAAUUUUGAAUAACUUGAGUGUUUUUAAACAAAUUCAAUAAGGAUUCAACUAAUACAAGGAGAAGUUAAUGUGGGUUAGAAACGCCAUGAUGUGAAGAACGAAGCACAUCCAUAGUUUAACACCGAUUACAAGCGUCGUAACAUUAAAUCGAUCCACUCAGCGCUAUCUCUAGCACCAUGGGAAUCUCCCACAGCUGUGCGAGGUAUGUAAUUAGGAGCGAAAUUGAUUUUAGACCGCAACGUAGCUGGUGGAAAACUAAGCGAGCGAGGCCAGAGUCCUAGAUUGUUCCACUGAAACCGUGCUGUCGUGGAUUCCGAAUACCAGUCGAAU